AUGAUUUAUUCUUUAUUCAUUAUUUUACUUGCUGAAGUUUUUGUUGAUUCAUUUAAAUAUAUGUUAUUGAGACCAUUCAAAAUUCCUUCUCUUAAUAGCAUAACAACUUCUGAUAGAAGACUUGGAGUGCCUGUUGUUUUUCUCAGUGUUUUAUUUAUUUGUUUUGGAUUAAAAACAAUGUCAUUAUCUCACUUAACUUCUCUUUAUUCUUUCAUUACUUUUAAUACACUAUUUGUUAAACGCUCUGUUGACUAUUGCAUUGAGACUUGGCUUUUGUUGAAGUAA